AUGGCUACGCAGGCUAAACCUCUGUUUGCGCGUGUCGGGCUUCCACCCUUCGCGACCUAUGAACGCGUCUACUUCGCCGGCUUCGUCUUCUCGCUCGAAGCUGUCGCCCAGCUCUGCAUCAAGGGAUAUGGGGUGGCCGAGCGCAAAUUACGGGAAAUCAGCCCUCUCAUGGCUGCCAAAGACUACUUCAACCGACUCCGGUACCUCGACAGCCCAGAGUUCAUCCCCGUCGACUGCUCCCAAUGCGGCUUCCGCGACGACAGGGGACCCGAGCGAUACAUGCUCGUGUGCCGCAUCGUGUUCGUCGACGCGGGGGCGGGCUGUCCCGACCUCGACCUCGAGCCGGAGACGAAGGCGUACUCCGACUAUUGGUACCCGCCGUCCAUCCGCCGGCUCCCCGAGUUCGCCGAGGUGCGGUACAUGAUCAUGCGCCAUCUCGUUCCCCGCAUUCCGAGGUUGGUGUCCUACAAAACUCUGGAAUACGCGCUCUUUCGAGUUGUGCCAGAUGCCACUCAUGUGAGGGAAAACAUGUUCUGCAUGAGCAGGGAGGAGGGGCAAGGGAGGCUGCGCGUGUGCCAUGUGAGCGCCUUUCUCGUGCGGUUCAAUGCUUGUGCCGUGCCUUUCUUUCGUAUCCCCGGUCUUGCGAUCUGCAAGUCCCAACCACCUCCCGGAGACAUCUAUGUCGCUGGCUAUGUCUUCUCGCUCCCGGCGAUCGCCCAGCUCUGCAUCAAGGUGUAUGGUAUAUCAGAAGAGACCGUCCAACGUCUCGGGCUGCUCCGAAGGCCGCAAACGACUUCCUCGACAGCCACACGGACAUCGACAGCCCCCACCUUCUGGAACUCGACUCCUCCCGCUGCCGCGGGCGAGGCGAUCCGGCGUGCUCGUGGCGCUCCAUGCUCGUGCUCGGCUGGCGUUCGUCGACCGAGGCGCGAACCGCCCUCACCUGCACUUCGACGCGGACUCGAGGGCGCACGCGGACCAUUGGUACCCCCGUUCGUGCGAGGGUCCGACGCGUUCGCGAACGUGCCGUAUCUCAGGAUGCACCAUCCUGCCCACCACCGCGAAGUGGCUACCGGGAGCUGGCUAACUGUUGGGGACAGCGCGCAGGGUGACGCACGUCAAGGCCGCGGAGUACAAGAUGAUGCGCACGCUUGGGUGGAAGAGGAGAGGCUCGUGGCCGCCGGUGUCAACUACAUGAGGAAGCGAGAGGAGGACGGGCAGGCGUGCUCGAUCGUUGUGAGGCGCAACUACCCCGGUGCCCAGUUGCUUAUGGCGCUGGGGCGCAGUCGCCGACGCUCCCAGCCGAAUACUCUUCCACAAGUGACGACGUCUUCAAGGAAACUUCGCGUUGUAGACAAUCGCCCCCGUUCAGUCGCCUGGCCCCACCCAAAUGUAUAUGUCGGCUACAUCUUCUCGCUCGAAGCAAUCGCACACCUUUGCGUAAAAGCAUACGGUUUGUCAGAAGAGACUAUCCAGGCGUUAGGACCCUCAACGCGGCCAACAAGUAUCUGCAACACAGGAUCUACCUGGACAGCCCAGAAUUCAUCCGUCUUCGCUGCCGCGCAUGCGGCCGCGAUCCCUCACAACCACCCCUCUACAUCCUCACUUGCCGCUCGCCUUUGUGGUUUCGGACUGAAAGCCCCAGACCUCGACCUCGACGAUGAGACGAAGGCAUACGCCGACUAUGGUACCCGCCUUCGAUACGAGGACUGGUGCAGUUCGCGGACGUCUAUUACAUGCAAAUGCGCUAUCCCACCCAUCACGGAGCGUUGUUUGAUAGAUACGAGGGUCACGACUGCGAAGACCUUGGAGUUCCACCUGAAGUGCUUGUCACGAAUCCCUGACUAUGGCCUGGUGGCCGGCGGUGUCAGGAAGUUGAAGAGAUUGGAAGAGGAUGGGGUCUCUACAAGUUCGAUCUUGGUUAAAGACGACAUGCAAAGCGAUUCGCCCUUCCAGAAACUCGCGCGCGUGGUCGCCAUACAAGCGCCCAGAAUCGCGACGGGCCAAGUGACUCUCGUUCAUCGCGGGACCGCGAUUGGGCGUCCUCCUCGCCGCUCGGUGUCUACAACGUAUAUUCUUGUUGCAUCUUAA